AGCGCGAGCCGAAUUUCCUGUCCACUCGGUGUGUAGAGCCGCGCGUGAAGCGGAGCUUUUCUCUUUCCUCCAUAACCGGAGCUGCUCACAAACAAACAAACAAAGAAAAAGAUGUUCCGAAGUCUUGCAGCUGUUGUUCUGCUGGCUGCAGUUUGCUGUCAUGCACAGGAAACUCAGAGCAAGUCGAAGGUGUGUGCUAAUGUGUUCUGCGGUGCAGGGAGAGAAUGUGCAGUGACAGAGAAAGGCGAGCCCAGCUGCUUGUGUAUUGAGCAAUGUAAACCUCAUAAGCGCUCUGUCUGUGGCAGUAAUGGAAAAACCUACAGAAACCACUGCGAGCUUCACAGAGACGCCUGCCUUACUGGACUCAAGAUCCAGGUGGCACAUGAUGGCCACUGCAAAGAGAGGAAAACAGAGAAAGCUGCUGCCAGUCCAGUGGUCUGCUAUGUGGGUGACCGUAACGAACUGCGCAGGCGUGUGAUUGAGUGGCUGCAGACUGAAGUCGUACCAGACGGCUGGUUCACCAAAGGCUCCAACUUCACUGACCUCCUGCUCAAGUACUUCAAGAACUACGAUAACGGCGACUCGCAGCUGGACUCGGCCGAACUUCUGCGCUUCAUCCAGCACAACGAGUCAGCGGUGGAGCUCCACUCGUACGCGGAGGAUGAGAACAACCGGCUGCUCAGGAGUCUGUGUGUGGACGCAUUGAUUGAGCUCUCAGACCAGAAUGCUGACUGGAAGCUGAGCUUUGAUGAGUUCCUCAACUGCCUACGUCCAGGAUUCAACCCUCCAGAGAAGAAGUGCGCUUUGGAGGAUGAGACCUAUGAAGACGGAGCAGAGACUCAGGUGGACUGUAAUCUCUGUGUCUGCGCAUGCGGCAACUGGGUCUGCACUGCCAUGACCUGUGAUGAGAAAACCCCAGCUCUCGAACCGGCUACUGGUGAUGAGCCGAUGACAGAGGAGGAGUGGAGUCUGCGUGUGGCUGAACUCAACAAACAUCAGGAGACUAUGGAGCAGAUGAAGUCCAGCACAAAGGAGGUUUAAAGAAGGAGCGAGGAGGAAGGGGUCACACUCAGGACUCCUGAGAUGACACACUAUUGCUGGGAGAACCGCAUCAUGUAUUGUUUUCUAUCUUUGACCUAUAUUUAUCUCUCAUUGCUUUUUCUGUGUAACAUCAUUAUAAUCGUUUUAGGUUGACGUGUACUUUAUGUCUGUGGAUGUGUGUGUGUGUGUGUGUGUGUGUGUGUCACUAAGUGCUGUACAUUGUUUUUUAUAGCAUCAUGCUAAGCUUUGUCCAAGGCGCCCCAGCACUAUUUUUGUAGUUUGACUUUUUUUCUCUAUAUAUCGUUACAUUUUUUGUCACAUAUUUUAGUCAUUUUAGAUUUAGAUUUUGUUGCGUAUGAUUGAGACAAUGGCAGUAGAUGGAGGAGAAGAGUGAAGGAGGGAGAUCGGCUGGACUGACUCAGCUGUUAAACCAUGUCAGUAAAAAAAAAAAAAUCAAGACUGCGAUGUACGCUGUUAUCGUUAUGAGCGUAUCAAUCCACGUGAUAAUGUAAAGCGAGAAAGCAGAUUAUGUCACAAGUGCAAUGUCAGCUAAGGUCUCCUUUCACACACUCUCUGUUUCCAUGCAGACAAGGCGGUCAUAGUCUUGAGACCUUUCAAAAAGGUGCUAAUAUGGAUUUCUAUCUUUCUAUUUUUUCUUUUUUUUUCUUUUUUUUUUUUUGCAUCAGCAUGCUCCUAGAGUACGUCUAGAUCGCUAGGUAGAAUUAGAAAACCUGUAGAUUUGUCAACGUGUAGACUUGUAUAGGAGCUCCAUGCCUCCGGAAGCUGUGAUUCUUCAGCUGUUUCUGUGAAGAACCAGUGAUUUAAUCUCCAAAAAUGGCGGGAAGACAUUCACAGCAUGGAUGCUCCACUUUAUUCCUGCUUCUAUUUAGCGGAGUUGCUUUAUGUAGAAGUAGUUUGUGUUAAAGCUUUGUUGCUGCGCUCAUUUCUGUCUGAAGGACAAAAGUGUGAAGAAUCACAAAGAGAAUGAGAAUGAGUGUUAAUGUGCUGAUUGAUGCAGAAUGAAAGAAAGAAUUGUUUGGAGCAGAAGCAGUGUAGCCCAAAAUAAAAUAAAAAAAACCAAAGCCAGAUGUUUAGUGUUUAAAUGUUGUACAGAUCCUCCAGGUAAACCAUUACUCUGGACCCAGCAACAGCAUCAUACCUUUUAUUUCAUACGGCUGUCAGAUUGAAGAUUAGACGAUUAGAUUCAGUGUCACCUCUUUAGCUUUAAUGCUUUCUUACUGCAUGUGUGUGUGUGUGGCUGCAGAGGUGUGUUUGUAUUUUCAUGUGUGUCUGAGUGAUGGAGAGUGUAUGUGCUCGCUUUGUUUUCUCUUUAUUCCACUAAUAUCAAGUUUUUAUGAUACUGAGUGCCUUAAAUAUACAUCCACAGAUAGAAUGGCCUUCUCUCUUGUGUGAUCACAGGUUGUAGGAUUCCAUGCAAAACUUUGCAGUGUUAUGGUAGUCAAGCAGAAGUUGUCCUGAGUGACAGACUGAGACAGAAUUCAACCAUUUCAGUGUAAAGACUUGUUAACUUUGAAUUGUAUUUGAAUUUACUUGUAUUAUGACUCUGUACUGUACAUCAAUAAAUGAAAUACACACCACA